AUGAUCCUACGGCUUAAGGCAAAACAUCAUAGACUUCUUUCGAGAAAAGCAAAAUGCUUCUUACAGUUUCGUAAAUUUCAUCUACUUAGCAACAAUGAUUUAUAUGAGAAGCUAAAAAACAGCAAUUAUCUUAUUAAGUUAAUUAAAGAUGUUAAAGAUGGCACAGAAAAGGAAUAUAAAGAGGAGCAUGGUUUAUCUAAUAUAGAUUUAGGGAUUUCUUAUCUUUAUAAAAAUGUUAUUAUGAACAAAGGUGAUGAAAAAAAAAAAAAAAAAAAAAAAGAGAUGAUGAUGAUGAUCCAUGAUAAUUUUGAUGAUUCUAUGCAUGCAUCUACAAAUUUAGAACUAUAUGACAAACGUUACUGUAAUUAUGCUAUCACUAUCAAGCAAUGUAAUGAUGUAAAAAGCGCACUAAAUAUAAAGGAAGUGUACCUUUAUAUAAUGAAUUCAUUAAAUAGCCUCACCGUAAAACAGGUUUUACUAAUAUUAUAUAGCUUCUUUGUUCACAACAUGAAUAUCGUAUAUUUAAAAAAAAUAAAUGAGCAUAUUAUAAAUAAUAUAUAUAAUUUCAAAACAAAUGAUUUAAUAUUAAUUCAUUUAUUUUACAUCUACUUUGAAAACAAAUAUAGUUACAAAAAAGGUGACACACAUUUUUACCUUAACAAUUACAAUGUUUUUUUAAUAAGAAACAAAUUUAAAAAGGAUGCAAAAAUUAACUCGUUGAAUGAUAUUAGUAGCGUUCAUCGUGAAAUAUGUAAACUUGCGAACGCGCUGAUUAAAUAUAGCAGCUAUUUAUUUUACAAACGAAAACAAAGUUUGCACUUAAGUCAAAUAGCGGAAAUACUUUUUUUGUGCCAUAAGUACAAUAAUAUACAUAAUAAUAUGCAUAAUAAUAUAUAUACUGAAGAAUUACUUGAUCAUUUUGUUAGUGUCCUUGAUAACUCUCUUCAAUUAAUAGAUAUAUCUAAUGUAGAAUUAGCUUUAAGUGAAAAAGAAAAAAACAUAAAAAAUAAAAACGCCCUAUAUGACUUGACAAAAUUUUACACAAUCAUUGACUGCUUUUACUACAUAUCAGGCAUUAAAAAAGUCUGCGAGUUUGGACAUAAAAAAAAUAAAUAUUUCUUUAAUUUUUGUUCCUUUCUUAAAAGGAAUUAUAAAAUGCUGUCAAAUUUAGACAUGCACCAGUUGUUUCUGCUGCUGCAGGUAGGAGGAAAUGUUGAGGGAGGAGAAAACGUGGAAAACGUUGAACGGGUUGUAGAGGUGGAAAAUGUUUGGACUGUUGGAAGGGGUGCAGAUAAUUGGGAUGUUGAAGGUGAUCAAGUUUUCCAAAACUUUCAAAAUAGUCGUAUGAAAUAUGCUAUUCUUAAGUUAAUCGAAGAAAAAUUGAAACAACCUAGUGACGAAUCUCCACAAAUUAGCACAGUUGUAACUUGCAAGUAUUUUAAUAAGUGCGUAGAUACACUUUAUUCAGUAUAUUUAUAUAGUAAUGAAAAGUACAUACUCCAGAACAAUAAAAACAGUAAUGUAGAAGAAAUGCAUAAUGAGCAUUUUUCUCAUAAUAGCAAUACUGACAAUGGGCAUGGCGAAAUGGGUUUUGAAAAUGAUGACAAAAGAAGGGAAGAAAAAGGGGAAGGAAAAUAUAAAGAGAACUACAUCUGCAUCGAUAUGUCUGGAGGUCUACAUUCCCGUGUGCUACUAAAUACGAACAGGUACACAACGGAAAAUAUGAGUGCAAACAAACAUGAUAAUUAUUAUGCCACCGAUGGGAGCAAAAUAAAUAUGAAACAUAAUAGAGUAUAUAAAAGUCAUACUGUACAUUUAUUGGCGCAUGUAAAAUUUUUAGAUAGCAUUAAUCAUUAUAUUAAAACGAAAGGUACUAACAGUAAAAGGAAAUACCUACCAAUACUUCUUUCAAGUUUAGAAAAUUCAAUAAAUUACAAAAAUAUGUUAAUAUAUUUUAUUAAUAGUCUAGACAAAACAACAGAUAUAGAUAUAUUGUUAUUCUAUAUUAUAUCAAUAAGUACUCACAUAAAUAAUAUAUAUGUAUUAUCAUAUUUAGGUUAUUUAUAUGAACGUAUUAGAAUAGGGCAAUUCUCAAAUUCUUCCAGUUUUACUUCAGAUAAAAUUGAAGUAUUAUUAUCAAGUCUGUAUAGACUUAUAAAUAAUAACAAUAGUUAUGGAACCAAUCUGGAGGUACAAAAGGAUUUUUAUAAAAAUAACAAAGAAUUUUUCUUACUACUAUACAGAAAUAACCUAGAUGUGUAUGAACACAUUAAAGGUAAGUUACUAAAUAUGAAUGUAAUUAAAAUUAGAAAUGUACAGGAAUUUUUAUUUCAUUAUACUUAUAAAUAUAUGAUUCAAAAUACUUUUAUCUGUUUAGAGAAAAAGUUGUAUUAUAUAAAUGACUUAACAACAAUUAAUGAGCUUUUGUAUUAUUUUUUAAACAUAAAUAAUUACAAUAUGAAGUAUUCUUCCGAAAUUAGCUCAGAUGCGCGUAAAAUUUCCAUUCUUUUUUUUGAAAAAAUUUUUAUUUUAAACUUUUUAAGCAUAUAUAAAGAUGCAUAUAAUCCGUUUCACAAUGCAGUAAGGAAAAUUUUGGUUUUCAUCAGUACAGAUACAAAUGUAGAUAAUAAUAUACUCUUAAAUUAUGUAAUGAAUAUAUAUUUUCAGUCGUGCAUUUCUGCUUUUACUAAUAACAUAUUUACAUACAUUACAAAUAUUCUUGAAGACCUCUUCAAAGAUCACUUUCAUUUAACAUAUAAAAAUGAACAAUUUGUGUUAUUCCUAAAUUCAAACAAUUUAAAUUUUGACUCAUCUAAAAAUGACAUAAUAAACAUCAUGAGCAAAAUGAUUGACUACAAUUUUAACAUAUACAUAAUUAAUUUCUUGAUUUUAGUUUAUGCUAACGUGAAUUUUAAUAAAUUAUUCCAUAGAAUUAAGGAUUAUUUGUAUUCUUACGCAAUUUAA